UAAAGCGUUUCCAGAACAAUGGCGGAGACUAAGAGUAGUCAAUCUUGUUGCGUACCUUUGUGUUUUAACUCGAAAAAAAAACAACCUUACUUAUCAUUUCAUAACGAUGAAAGCAUGAAAAGACGUUGGAUUUGGGCUAUACGAAGAGAUGAGGGCGCGGCAUUUACUGUGAGGAAGGGUAGCUCUUUUGUGUGUGCUAUGCACUACACGGAGGAUGAAGUCCGCGUCCAUCCACAGGCCGGACGUAAAUAUCUCACACCGCAGGCUGUGCCUUCCAGGUUUUCGUGGAACAAUUGGGGAGACGUUAAAUCACACCAGACACGUACGGCAAAAAGAGAUCUCUGUGGUGAGCAGGAGGAUGCAAAUGUUGAAAUGGAGAGUUUUGAUGUGGCGCUGCCAGUUCAGGAGCACGAUUACAGCAGCCGCCCGCCUCCGGGUGCUCUUGAUGAGGCAUUGGAAAAAAUAAAAGAGCAGGAAGAACUGGUGUCAACCCUUACCAUCUCUCAAGCUUUGCUGGAUAGAUGGUGUGUGUCUGAUGAAGACUUUAAGUACUUCACGAGGUUCUCAAACAAGAAAAUAUUUUUUGUGUUCUGGAGAUCUAUUGAGCCCUCUGCAUCCAAUAUUGUGUACUGGUCCAAAGCCAAGAGGAUUGGAAUUUCAACUGUGGAGAAAGAGGUUGUGAAGCCAAGCCCCCAGCGCAAGAUGCAGCUCAUUGAUGAGUUUUUCAUGUUUUGCUUGCGAGUCCCUGUCGGUCUUAGAGAGAGAGUUUUGGCCGAGAUAUUCCAAGUGAGCACUUCUACGGUGAGUCGCAUUAUAAUAACUUGGUCAAACUACUUAUACCUUGUGUUGGGAUCUGUUCAAAUCUGGAUGACUCGGGAGCAGGUGAGACGGACAAUGCCUGUGAAAUUUCAGCAGUACUGCCCAAAUGUGAGGGUCAUUAUUGAUUGCACAGAAUUCAGAUUUAAUAGGAUGGACAAUCUCAAACCUGUCAAACAACAUAUUCUCUGGGAAAAGAAGGCUGAGAUGCUCCAGUUUCAGGUGAAUGAGCUGGAGGAGGAAAAUGACUUCCUCAAGAGGCAGCUUGAAGAGAAGUCUGCACAAGAACAAGGUAUGGACUUGGAGAUAAUGGACACUGGAGGUGGGGAGCCACAGGCCAUGACUUUGGACUCCAGCACUGACACUACCACUGAUUCCAGCACUGACUCCAGCUCUAGCUCUAUCUCUGACUCUUCAGAUGAAGAAAAGAAGAAAAAGAAGCGUAAAAAGAAGAAUGUUGCCUCAGUCGCAGAUGUGGUGAAAAGAUAUCAGCGUGUCCUCAAACUUGUGCAAAGAGGCUUCAGGAUGACCGCAGCUUUCAAGAAAGGUUGUGUUUCUAGAAAUGCUGUGAAAGACACCGCAGCAAUUGCAGAGAUUUACAUGGUAGACAAAAGUGUCCUAGAACAGUUCAAGGGCCGUCAAGCCAGCUUCAGCUCAAUUACACAGUGA